CCAAAAUCCCAACAGUUGUGUUACACUCUACUUUUGGAGAAUUAUCAACACGUAUGAGUGAGGGAGUACUCAAGAUAUGACAAAAAGACUCUGGGGGUACACAAGACUAAAAAGACGCAGCCGGUGAUAUCAGGUUCCAGACUGUGACCCCUGACUUCGUGCGUACCUUCCGUGUGCAACGUGGCGUCAAAAUAACACGCACAGCACAGCAAUAAAAGUUGACAACGCGAUUCAUGAUGGGAACUUCGAACGCUUGUCAGCAGCCCUCGUGACGUUUAUUGGAUGACAUCACCACGAGCUAAUCUGUAUAAAUACAGAGGGUCGAGCUCCGUCAGCCUUGCUAACUGAUCAGUCGCUGGGUGUGUCUUUUUCUUCACAUCACCAUGAGGGUCUUUGCGCUCAUCGUCACCCUCGCAGUCAUCUCCGCAGGAUGCCAGGCCAGGAGCGUCUUCCCGGAUGAAUCCACCACGGCGUGGGAGGCCGCAGUGGAGAACUUUAAGAACUACAUGACAGCUCUCAGUGAGAAGGCUGAUGGGAUGGUGAGGGACAUCAAGAGCUCCCAGAUAAGAAGAGAACUGGACACCCUGAUCCAAGACAGCAUGGCGGAGCUGGACGUGUACAGGGGAGAACUUGAGAGCAAGCUGGCCCCGUACACGCAGGAAACUGCCAAGCGCCUGGGCAAUGAACUGCGGGGUCUGGCUGAGCACCUCUACGACCACAUGAUAAUGUACAGGGACCAGAUGGAGGCGUACACCCAGGAUCUGAACACCUUGGUGAAGCAGAACGCUGAUGACAUCAGACUCAAGGUCAGCGCCUACACCCGCAAGAUGAAGAAACGCCUCAGCAAGGACACCAUGGACAUUAAAACACAUGUUGCCACCUACUUUGAGAAGCUUCAGUCCCGCACCUCAAACAACAUAGAGGACUUGAGGGUACGCCUGCACCCUUAUGUUGCUCAGGUGCGUGACAACACCCAGGCAAAGAUCACCACCCUGAAUGACCUGCUGAAGGCCCAGGUGGAGCACAUGAAGGACCAGAUUCAGAGCACGGCCGAUGACAUCAAGGAACGCUAUGAGAAGACAUCUGAGAACCUGCGCUCUACCCUGCAGGAGAAGAUGGAGGAGCUUCGCAAUUGGUUUCAGCCGUUUGUCUCGAUGAUCAGCGACAAUAUGUAAACCAUGAUCUGUCUGUCUACAUAAGCAAAACGAGUUUUU